GACGCACUAUAAAGGCUAGAAGGCAAGAACAUAGAGUUUCCUACAAUUGUAGGAAAUUCUAUGGGCUAGAAGACUAGAAAACCUUCUAGCCUCUGUAGACGCACGCAGACGCACGCUAUGGCACGCUUCCCAAAGGGGGCGCUCAUGGCGUACGGCGCUCGCUAGCAUAUAUAUAUCGGCGCUCGCUACGCGUGCGACCGCGCGACAAUUCGAACUCUUCGAGCAGCUUAUGUAACCUUCUUCAGCAGGCGUUGAUUCAGUUUAUUCUAUGGCUUCCGAGGAAGACCUUAAAGCUCAGCAAACUUUACUACGGGAACAGUUUGCAAAGUCUGAAAAAGUUAUGGAACGUUAUAGGCAAACAUGGACAAGUCUGCAUAACGAGCUUCAGCAAUCACUCAAGGAUGAGGCAGAUGAACGCAGGAAAGUGGCAUGCAAGCAAAUGAACAUGGCAAUUGAAAAGAGAAGAAUGGAGGCUGAAACUGCUGCAAGCAGCAAGCACAAACUGGUUGCCGAGCAGGAGAUGGACAGAAACAUCCGUGGCCUGGAGGAGCUCCAGAUUGCCGACGUUGCAGCAGUUGAUGCAUUGAAGCCCUUGUGUAGUGACAAAACCACCGCAGAGAGAGAGGCACUAAGGAAAGAAGCGAAGCUUGUGUCAAAAUUCCUAAGCCUGGACCUUCAACACUGCCCGACAUCGGGGAUCCUUUCUGCAGUUUACACGAGGGAUGGCAAGUCAAUACCAUACCAUGUUGUCACAACUGGCAGAGACCCAUGUGACAUUGCCGAUGAAUUGUGGAAGUUUGAUGAAGAGUGCAGUACCAAGAAGUGACUAUUAAUGUACACACGUACUGAACAAAGCUGCUUGCCUUUUUUUCUUGCCA